AUGGUGAAGCCAGACAUCCACACUCUGGCCCAUCACCUGAAGCAGGAGCGACUUUAUGUGGCCUCAGAGAAGCAGCUCAUCCAGAGACUCAACAGUGAUGUGUUGAAAACUGCAGAGAGGCUGUACCGGGCCGCCUGGAUCUCCAAACAACAGAGGAUCAACCUCGACCGCCUCAUUCUCACCAGUGCGGAGGCCUCCCCGGCUGAGUGCUGCCAACAUGCCAAAAUGCUGGAGGACACACAGUUUGUGGACGGCUACAAGAUUCUCGGUUUCCAAGAGACAAUCUAUGGGGAUUUCUUGGCCCGACUCCGAGAGAACCCCAGACUUGUGGCCUCCUGCUUAGUAGCGGGUGAGAGGUUGAACCAAGAGCACACCCAGGGUGUUAUUCAUACUGUUUUUACUUCACUGUACGGAAAUUGCAUCAUGCAAGAAGAUGAGAGCUACUUGCUUCAGGUGUUGAGAUAUCUGAUUGAGUUUGAGCUGAAGGAGAAUGAAAAUCCUCGGCGUCUCUUGCGCAGAGGAACAUGUGCCUUCAGUAUUCUGUUCAAGUUAUUCUCUGAGGGUCUCUACUCAGCCAAGCUCUUCCUCACAGCGACUCUUCAUGAGCCCAUCAUGCAGCUGCUUGUGGAGGAUGAAGAUCAUUUGGAAACUGACCCGGCUAAAGUCACAGAGCGUCUGACGCCAGCUCAACAGGAGCGCUUUGGGGAGAAAGGCUCUGAGGACUACAAGCAAAGGGUGCAGGCUGCUGUAGAGGCCAAUGAAUCCAAACUUGUAGCACUAAUGUACAAAACUCUGUCGUGUGUGGAGCGUUUGGAAGUGGGAGAGGUUCGGACCAUGUGCACAGACCUACUACUGACAUGCUUCAUUUGUCCCGCAAUCGUCAACCCUGAGCAGUACGGAAUUAUUUCAGACGCCCCCAUCAAUGAAGUUGCCCGCUUUAAUCUAAUGCAGGUGGGACAACUCCUACAACAAUUGGCAAUGGCAGGCGAUGAUGCAGAUCCUAGACGGAAAAAUAGUUUAUCCAAAUUUGAUAAAAGUUGUGUGGCAGCAUUUUUGGAUGUUGUGAUUGGAGGAAGAGCAGUUGAGACUCCGCCAAUGUCUUCAAUGAACUUGCUGGAAGGCCUCAGUCGGACAGCAGUUUACAUCACACAUAAUCAGCUACUGGCUCUGGUGGAUUUUGUGCGAAGUGUAACGGCAGGGGACCAUCUCCGAGAGGAGGAACACAUGGCGUUGGAGACCCUGCUCGCCAAUGUGCCUCAGUCCAGAGCCGUAAAGAGCAACAGUCUGGAGCUGACUCCCUCCAAUACCCCGCAGCUAUCACCAGCCACUACUCCCGCCAAUAAGAAGAACCGGCUUCCCAUAGGACAACACUUAGCUGCUAUAACAUCCUGGGACCCAACGUCCACUUCUCUUUCCGCUCACAUUCCUUUAGUAACCCCUUUUGCCGCCCGUAGCCGAAGUCGUACCAACAUUGCCCAGGAGGGGGAAGCAGAGGCUAGCUCCCAAGAGUCCAUCCAAGAGCUGGCUCCAGAGGAGGUGCUGGUGAUUUCAAUAGGAGCAGGCCCCCAGAACGUCCCUGGGAUGAUGUCGGAAAAUGAGGUUUUGAACUUGCAGAUGAGUGAUGGGACUCAGGGAGAUGGACCGACUGAUGAAUCAAAACUUCAUGGAAAACCAGACAAAACCCUGAGGUUCUCUCUUUGUAGUGACAACUUAGAAGGCAUCUCAGAAGGUCCCUCCAAUCGCUCAAACUCUGUGUCCUCUCUGGACUUGGAGGGAGAGUCCGUGUCUGAGCUCGGGGCCGGUCCGUCAGGAAGCAAUGGGGUGGAAGCUUUACAGCUCUUGGAGCAUGAACAAGCUACCACUCAGGACAACUUGGACGACAAAUUGAGAAAAUUUGAAAUCCGAGACAUGAUGGGCCUGACUGAGGACCGGGACAUCUCUGAGACUGUGAGUGAAACCUGGAGCACCGAUGUACUUGGCAGUGACUUUGAUCCCAAUAUGGACGAAGACCGACUACAGGAAAUGGCAGGGGCAGCUGCAGAGAACAUGCUCGGCAGCCUGCUGUGUCUACCUGGCUCUGGUUCAGUUUUGCUGGACCCCUAUGGAUCCACGAUAUCAGAAACUACCAGUGAGGCAUGGAGCGUGGAGGUGCUGCCCAGUGACUCUGCGCCCGACAUGAAGCAGGAAGAACGUCUGCAGGAGCUUGAGAGCUGCUCAGGAGUGGGCAGCACUUCAGAUGACACAGAGGUCCGAGAGGUCAGCUCCAGACCCAGCACUCCAGGCCUCAGUGUGGUUUCAGGUAUCAGUGCGACAUCAGAAGACAUCCCCAACAAGAUCGAGGACCUGCGGUCAGAGUGCAGCUCCGAUUUUGGAGGGAAGGACUCAGUGACGAGUCCAGAUGGGGACGAGACUGGCCACGGUGCACACCACCUAACAACGCCACCAUCACAAGCAGACUCGCUACUGGCCAUGUUUGAUCCUCUCUCUACUGGUGAAGGAUCGUCAACUGGAACAAUUGUGGAGCAGAGACAUUCGUUCCCAGACCGACUGGUCCGCAGUCGCAGCUCAGAUAUUGUGUGCCCUGGCCGCCGUCCCACCAGUGACCCUGGUCUCAACCGGCGUGUGGCUCUGGAGGAGCGGGAAUCGGGGGUCUUCACCUCGGGACCGUCCUCAUCACCCAGCAAGGAUUCUCUUAAAGGAGAGUCAGAAGAGAGAAAAGAUAGUGAUGAUGAGAAGUCUGAUCGUAAUAGACCAUGGUGGAAAAAGCGUUUUGUGUCUGCCAUUCCUAAAGCUCCAAUUGCAGCUUUUCGUAAAAGAGACAAACAGGAAAAAGAUGACAUGUCACAUGAGCGCAACCCACAAGAUGAUCCCAGACAAAACUCUCAGGCCCAAGCAGCUGAGGACAUCCUAGACAAGUAUAGAAACAUAAAGAGGACGAGUCCAAGUGAUGGAGCUACUGGAGGAGCCUCGUACGAUGGAACAGGAGAUCUGUGUGUCGAGGACCACGUCCAUGAGUCUUCAAGAGAUGACGCACUGCAAAAUAUAUCCACAGAUGACCUUCCAGAUUCAGCCAGUCAGACCGCACAGCAGCAUGACUCAAAGUUCUCCUUCAGUGAUGCCAAGAAGAAAUUGAGGUUGGCAUUGUGCACUGCAGAUUCAGUAGCACUGCCCAUCAUGGCUCCUGUCACCACAAGGAAUGGGCUCCCAGACCAUAUGGACCCUGAAGACAAUGAGAUCGUCUGCUUCCUCAAAGUGCAGCUUGCGGAGGCCAUAAACCUGCAGGACAGAGACCAGAUGUCUCAGAUCCAGGAGACCACGCGUUGUGUCGGCCGCUUUGAUGCGCGCACAUGCAGGAAGCUACUGGCUGCUAUUGCUGAGGACUACAGAAAACGUGCCCCAUACAUAGCUUACCUGACCCGAUGUCGGCAAGGUCUGCAGACCUCACAGGCGCAUCUGGAAAGGCUGCUUCAGAGGGUGCUUCGAGACAAGGACGUUGCUAACCGCUACUUCACCACAGUCUGUGUCCGCCUCCUCCUCGAACACAUGGAGUCCAAGACGCUAGACUUUAUCAAGGCUUUCCUGGGGUGCACGGCUUCUGAUGAUAAGACUGCGUCAGUGGAGGAUUUUCUGCGCUAUUUGUAUGGCGCCAUGGCACGUGACGCGAUUUGGCAGUAUGCAAGCGAAGACCAGCUACAGGACGCCCAAAUGGCUAUUGAGCGCAGUGUUAUGAACCGGAUCUUUAAACUGGCCUUUUAUCCAAAUCAGGAUGGAGAUAUUCUUAGAGACCAACUUUUCCAUGAACACAUCCAGAGGCUGUCUAAAGUCGUCACUGCAAACCAUAAAGCUCUUCAAAUCCCAGAUGUUUAUUUAAAAGAAGCUCCCUGGCCUUCAGCUCAGUCUGAGAUCAGGAGCAUCAAUGCCUACAAGACUCCUCGAGAUAAAGUCCAGUGUAUCCUGCGCAUGUGCUCCACCAUCAUGAACCUGCUCAGUCUGGCCAAUGAGGACUCAGUGCCUGGAGCUGACGACUUUGUCCCUGUGCUGGUCUUUGUACUCAUAAGGGCAAACCCGCCCUGCCUGCUGUCCACCGUUCAGUACAUCAAUAAUUUCUACGCCAGCCGGCUGAGUGGGGAGGAGUGCUAUUGGUGGAUGCAGUUCACCGCAGCACUGGAAUUCAUUAAGACCAUCGAUGAUCGCAAGUGA